AAAUUCUUCAAAAUUAUUAAUAAAAUCGCAGACUUUAAUUGAGCAUAGAUAAAGUAACGAUGGAAGCAUCAAUUUCGGAUUUAACGCCAGAACAGAGAUUAAUAAAUCGAUUGGAUGAUGAUUUCUUAUACUUAUUACAAUUUGCUAAUAAUCCAAUGAAGAAUUUAUCAAAGAGGAAGCAAGAUCUAGCAAAGGAAUGGAUAUUGAAGUUAAGUUCGUCGUGUGACGAGCAAAGCAUUACCGCAAAAAUGAAGAGGAAUGAUUAUAUUACAAAACUAUUGAAUUGUAUACAAACUGCUACAUUCUCGGAACCAUUCAAUCAAUCACCACCAAUUAGAGACUUGCCACAUUUGGAAUUUGAUUUCAGUCAAAUCAUUCAUGAUUUUCCGGAAUGGAUAAACGAAUUAAAAGAUCGUGAAGAGAAAGAUAUUAAAAUUGGUGGACGUGGCUUUGAGACCUACUUCUCAUCAAAAUUUCUCGAGAAUGGUGCGUGUGCGUAUCUGGCUGUUUCCGUACAAAAUGAGGGUGAUCGUAGUGCAUGGACGAAAAUCGUACCGAACAAAAUUAACAGUGAUCAAAUUGAUAAAAUAUUUGCGAAGGAAUUUCGUGACACAACAUAUAUAAACAGCAAGGAAGAAGAAGAAUGAACAAGAGUAAUAAAUUAUUUCAUUUCGAACCUUUACACUCGCUACAAAAUCUUCGGAUAUUGAGGCACAGCACAUUCAUGAUUAUCUUUAAUUCACAAAUUUGUCCACUAAAUGAUUUUUGGCAUUUUCAUUCACAAUUUUCAAAGUUUGUAAUAAAUGUCACUGACUAAAAUAUUUCUUCUAUACUGCUCACUGAACUUAUUAAUCAUUCACAUCACACAAAAAUAAUCAAUCAAUUCAUCGGAAAGGAUUUAAAUUUUAAAUGAUUCUGACAUUUUUUUUAGUUUUUGUUUUGUGGUUAUGGCAGCAACAAAGUGUCCAUAAUAUCAAGUGCUAAACUGAUGUACAGUGUGCAAUUUAAAUUCAUUUACUAAUUUUGAUUGUGUUUUUUACAAGUCUUAAAAACAAGUUGAGUGUCU